AAUGUGCAAAGUCAGAAAUGUACAUUCGCAAAUACCUUUUACCUUAUGUCUGCGCUUCAAGUUCAAUGUCAGGACAAAUGUGUGUUUAAUUGUGUUUAAUCGUUUGACUCAGAACAUAUUUUGUAUAGCCAUUUAGAUCUUAUGACUCAUCGAUUAUUAAUAAUUGGAUAACGUGACAAUCUUCCUUCAAAGAUUAUUGAACUUGGUAUAUUUAAUCUCAUUCGCGUGUGAAACAUUUAUCGAAGACUAAUUAAGAAGCUCGAAUAAUUAAAGUACAUCACGAUUUUCUUGGCCGGAUAUCCGCCGCUGGCAGCGGCGAAUAUUCACAGCGAAAAGUGCAAGCUUUGUUACGCGAAAUAUUUCGUAACAGAUUUAUUGUGAAUCUUUUAAAUGUCUCCGGAAAUUCCGAAGGAAGCUUGCUUAAUCCUUUUCGAACCCAUUAGUAAAUGAUACUUCGCUCUUUUCCCUUUAAAUCUUUACGAAGAGGCCUGGAAUGCAUCAUAUGCAUUAGCGAACACAGUAAGGAUCAAAGUAACGAAAAGUGGACUAUGAUCUAGACUCAUUGUUAAUGUGGUGGCGAUAAGCUUUUUAUCACAAUACCUAUGUUUCCUUGACGUUAUAUAAGUUGAACGCAUCUGACGAGAAGGUUCAGUGAGGAGUGUCUUUGUUUUAAGGUUCUGUCUUGUUUACUUGUGACUCAAAAAAUUCUCAUAUAUAAAUAUGAAGUGGAUUCUCUUGUUGGCAAUAUUUGCCAUUGUGCAAUAUGGAGAGGUAGAAGGUUAUCCUCAAUAUAACAGCGCAGAAAAGGAUUUGCUUACCAUAGCUCAGGCACCAUUUAUGGAAAAACCAAUCAGAAAUUCGUUUGAAUUUCGUUCACUGACACCGAGAUCGACAUAUCCGAUAUUGUCAUAUUUAAACGAUGCAUUCAGUGAUAUUGUUUCUUAUAUCACAAAGAAAUUUGAGCUUUUGGAAACAGGCUACAACCAUCUUACUGACCGCUUAAAGGAGUUCAUCCAGGGUAAACUCUUGAAGCGUAUAUAUUCUAAUAUACAGGGUUCAGAAACAAAUAGCAAAAAAAAUAAAAAGGAUCCAUCUCCAUCAUUAGGGAAUACCAAUUCAAAUAACAAGACACAAACAAAUGUGAUUCUAACAACCCUUAAGCCCGACAAAUCGACGGACACCCCUACGCCGGAUAAAUCGACGAGCACUCAAAAGCCUGCGCCAGUUAAACAUGAUGACAAAAAGAAUAAACCAGAUGAUAAAAAAGAUCCAUUACAUACAUCUGAAACCGCAUCAAAUAACAAAAUACAAGAAAAUGUAACUCAAACAAUCCCGAAACCGGUUGAAUCGAUAGCUAUUCAAAAGCCGGUGCCAACUAAAAAUGACAGAGAAAAGAAGCCUACUGAACAAGAAGACAAGAAAGAUACGCUUGUACCAAUAAAAGAUGAUAAAAACAAGAAUGCGUUUGCGCCACCGAUUACUGAUAAGGAGGAAAUAGUGUCUAUUAAGCCGAAGGAUCAAGUUGAAUCAUCGACUAGAGAAUCCGNAUAA